UCAAAUUAGCCCAGCCCACUUCUGUAGAUUAUCUGAUGCAGUUGGGCUCGACGAAAAUGGUGGAUUGAAAAAUUAGGGUUUUUAAGUUGGGGAUUUCCCAAUUGGGCUCAUUUGCAGGUUUCCCCCUCUUUUCCUGUCCUGUUCCUUAUCCGAAAUUUCAAUUCAAUCGAAAAUGCUGAGUUUGGGGAAGUUUCCGACCACCGUCCGGCACGGCGGCGUUGUCGGGAGCCCACAAUUUUCAGUAUCCUCCAAAUUCCGACCACCAGUUUCAGUUUCGAAACCGUUAAGCUUAAAUGGCUGUGUACUGCGAAAUAGGUUGUUGUGCGCUGCCCGGGGCAGCAAGGGCAAAGGUGAGUUCGAGGAAGACGACGAUGGCGAGUUCGGGGAAGACGAGGUAGUUGUUCCUAUGGAGGAGAUGAAAAAGUGGCUGGAGAAUCGGCCGAGGGGGUUUGGGGAAGGCAGAGUGUACGAUACUUCGAUCGAGGAUGAUUUGGUGAAGGAAAUCGAACAGAGCAGGAAAGCACAGGCUGCUAAUAUUGCCAAGCUUAAGGAAAACAAGAAAGAAUCAGACAAGCUGCAAAAUGAAGGCUCGGCGCGCAUCGACAGCGCAUUUAGGGUGCGCGUGACCAAUCUUCCGAAAAAGAAGAACAUUCACAGGGAUCUCCGCCUGGCAUUCUCCGGCGUGGCUGGAAUUGUCGCCGUAACUCCGGUCGUCUCCGGGAAUGAAAAGACCCGAGACCCUGUGUGCAAAGGACUUGCUUUUGUCGACUUCGACCGUCUCCCAAACGCUCACCGAUUCGUGCAGGAUUUUUCGGGAAGAACUAUAAGCUUCGGAAAGGUUCAGAAGGAGAUAAAAUGCGAAAUAAUCAGCACCGAAUCCGCAUCCGACGAUCCUAAACUCGACAUAAUUGAAGAUUCAUCUGCACCGUUGGAUGAUCGAUGCGAAGAAAGCGAUCCUAGCCGAUCCAACGGUGCAGAUCAUGAGAUGCAUUUACCCGACGUUUCAAUUCCAGCCGACGACGACAACGAGUCGCCGAGCAGUCCGAAACAGGGAAGAAAGCCUAAAGGAAAUGAGAAGGCAAGAAGAAAAGGCAAGAAUCCUAAAUCGAGCAUCAUCCUAGGAUCUGCCAAAAGGCUGAAAAUAAAGGAGAAAGCUUUACUUACAGGGGUGCUCUCCAAGUACGGACAGACAGACAGAUAGAGAUAUAUAGAUAUAGCUAUAGAUAGCCGCCAUUGUUGCUUGUUCAAGUUCUUGCAUCAUUUGUUAACACUGUAGUAACCUCUUUGGUGGAUUCUAUAUUUUUUCCUCUCAGUGAAUCUGUCUGUUUAUGUCAUGAAAUCAAAUCUUAAUAAUUAAGGCUUCAAAUUGAUCCAAAAGUAUUAUACUCCU